ACAUAAUUUUUGUGAUGUUGGUAAUGUUGAAUUCAAUACUUAAAUUUCUCGUGGUUUGGUACCUAAUCAAUACCUCUCUUUUUCUUACCCAAAACGUUUACAUCACUUUCACACAUGUUUACUUUCACUAACCCAUAUCAAGCUGAAAUUUCAAUUAACCCAAAACCAAAAAAUCACAAAUCUCGUUCUCACAAAUUGCUCGAUUACUCCAAACUCUGAUUUCGGUUUCCAAAACCCAAUCUGACCUCCAACCUACAUAAAAAUUAAAAUUUAUUAUUCUCGGUCGCGAAAGAGACAACGAGAUGUAGUGCUCUCAACUCUCAUCGACACCAUUUUUAGCCUAUUUUUUUUAUUGAUCCAAUACAAAACUGUCUGUAGUUAUAUUAGUUAUCAUCGGCGUUUAGCCCGACUGCGGACUUCACUGUGGCGAGAGACACACAAAAACCCAUGAGCGAAUCUUUGGUGAUCGACGGCAGCGACUCAAAGUUUCAGUCUCACCACAUCGAUGGUGGGGCGGCCGACGGGAAGUGCGACCACCACCACCACCAGACAGAGCCCACGAAUGAGACUGAUGGCGUAAGCGAUGGGACCCAGAUGCCGGUUGAGUCCGAUCGCAAUCAGCAGCCGCCGAUGGCGGCGGCGGAGGUGGCCAAGUCCGGUGAGGUUCCCGGAGAUCGACCCCAUCAGAUGUCAUUCGAUAAAGCAAGUGGCUUUGUGAAAGACAUGAACAACUUGGUCGAGAUGUUGUCCAAAUUGAAUCCCAUGGCGCAAGAGUUUGUACCUCCUUCUCUCGCCGGCAACAACCACGGUGUUAAUCGGAUCGGAUAUACUCGCGAUUUAGGGAUGUUUGGUAAUUUCUUUAAUGACAAUGGGAAUUCUGAGAAAAGGGGUAAGCCUAAUUUUAACCAAGGAAGGAGAAGAACCAACAGUAGGAGGAAUAUGGCUCAGCGGGAAGAUGUAAUUAAGAGGACUGUUUAUGUGGCUGACAUUGACCAACAGGUUACUGAAGAGCAGCUUGCGGGUCUGUUUAUUCAUUGCGGACAGGUUGUUGAUUGUCGUAUAUGUGGUGAUCCUAAGUCUGUUCUUCGCUUUGCGUUCAUUGAAUUUACUGAUGAAGAAGGUGCAAUUGCUGCUUUGAGUUUGUCUGGGACUGUGCUUGGAUAUUACCCACUAAAAGUGCUCCCUUCCAAAACUGCGAUUGCACCUGUUAACCCAACAUUUUUGCCCAGGUCUGAAGAUGAACGUGAGAUGUGUGCUAGGACUGUGUACUGUACAAAUAUAGACAAGAAGGUUAACCUAGGAGAUGUGAGAUUAUUCUUUGAGUCCUUUUGUGGAGAGGUUCGGCGCUUGAGGCUUCUUGGAGACUAUCGUCACUCAACCCGUAUUGCUUUUGUGGAAUUUGCAGUGGCUGAGAGUGCGAUCGCUGCGCUCAACUGCAGUGGUGUAUUUCUGGGAACCUUGCCCAUAAGGGUUAGCCCAUCAAAGACACCAGUUCGUGCUCGCAUGCCUUGACCACCUUUUGCCUGAGAGAAUCAUCCUCCAGUAUGCAAAGCUCAAAUGCUCCUGCAAAGCCCGGCCAACUCAUUGCUAGAAGUAUUUAUAUUUCGUAGUACAUAGAUGCUGAAACAGUCUUAAAGGGUACUUGCUUUCUCAAUCAUCCUUCAUUUUGUCUGCUGCACUGCAAGCUGCUAUCUUUCGGUGCAGCGAGAGGUGUUGGGGAAUGGAUUGUUUAUGGGUGUCUGGAUGCUUGGGUCAUUAGUUGAUGGGUUUUUGAGGAUGUUGAAUAACUUUGGUUUAAUGAAGCUUAAUCGACAACCUUCCAAUUGGAGAAUUGGGGGCAGCAAUCCUUGAAGGAGUUCUACGUAUGCCAACAGGGUAAAGCAUUUGAGAAGCAUAUAACACAUGGUAAAUGCUACAAAUUUUACGUCUAACCCGCUACGUAGAUGGUUGCAAGCAUGUGUGAUCAGCCCACUAGAUUAACAUAACUGAUAUUGCUGUAUCCGUAUGAACUAUGAAGCGAUUCUCUGUCCAGAAGGGCUCCUAAUACCUAUCUUCCUACUCCGUUCAGCAGGGCAACACAAGCAAAUCUCAUAUGAACAGAACAACAGAAAGCUCCAUCUUCCUCACUGCCAACGUGCUUUCUCCACUUGUAUUCUAAUAGUUUCUUUUCGCGAAUUUAAUAUUCUGUCGCUUUCAUUAGCACCUAAGUGACUGUCUGUCAACUGUUCCAGAGACCACAAUUAAAGCGCCUAAUUUGCA